UUCAGUAGUAUACAUUUCAAAAUUACAUUCCUACAUAUUUGGAAUAAAAUUGUAUGCAAAAAUUUUUUUAAAUGUGUAUAGCGAAUCAAGUAUAGAUAAUCUAUGCCUUUGUAUAAUUUAAAUUACAACAAAUAGAGGUUAUCUAAUUAAACUGUAAUCUAGGUAAUUAUUCAGUUUAGCUAUCACCUCCAAUCUUUUAUAUAGAUGAAAUUGGGCUCAUUUGACGCGUUUUUUUCCAAGAAAUGAAAAAAUCUAGCAGAAAAAAAGCAUUUCGCUCUGUCCUGGGAAUAAAUAUUAAUUUUAAUGAAGCUCUCAGCUCUCUAUAGAAAGGGCGGAACUCUCAUUAGGCCUGUUCUUUACAGCUGAACUGGCUGCACUAGUUCAGAGUUUAUCUUUUUUCUUCCAAUAUAGAAAGAGAAAGAUAAACUGUGCACUAGUGCAACAGUUCAGCUAUAAAGAACAGGCCUAUUGCGUUCACGUAAACACUUAUAAGUCAUAACUUGCGUUAUAAUCGGAAAGAGGUUUCACAUGAGUUUAUAACUUUCCAUGCGAAGCGAAGUUUUGCAUAGAUAUACAACAUUUUAUAUUUCGUGCCCGUUUCAUAAUAACUCACGUAGCUACAGAAUAUAUGAAUAUAAUCGUAGCACGUGCUCAUGUCGCUCUAUUUCGUCGAUGACAGAUUUUCUAACCUGUGAAUAAUCGUCAAUUUUAAUUAAUAUAAUAUCUUGGUUCACAGAUCAGGUUUUUCUGUCAUAUUAUUUCAUUUCAUGCAAAAACGCGUUAAAUGAGUCUAAUUUCAUCAAUAUUGGAGGUGAGAUCGUUAAACUAAUUACCGAAUUACUACCAUAACCUCUUUGAUUACUACGCACGAUUUACACUAUUUACAGUGUUUAUGAAACGCCGAUGGGAGAGAGACGGAGCGGGCAGACGCGAGAAGUUCGUAUUUCUUUUUGUGGCUGUUCGUCGCCACUUUUCUCAUUUAAUUCGUCCCCUCUACGCGAGCUCAGCUGAUACCUUUCAACAAGAUCCAUUCUGCUUUAUAAUAGAAAAUUUCAUAUACAUGUACGUCACACGUGGCAAAUCGGAUCGACGCGGACCGACGUGCGGGAAAUGCUCGCGCAAAAUCGCUUUUAUCACGAAGAGGAGAGAGAUGUCGAGAGAUCAAGAAGGAUACACUUGAAAAACCAUAAAUAAAUCACCGGGCGAGAUAACGGUUAUCAGUACUAUAUAAAUCACUCUCGGUUUUGUCAGCCUAUUAAAUUUCAGUUGCUCGCGCAUUUGUUGUAUUCUUUCAAUUUUAACGAGGGAGAUCUGUAAUAAAAAUAAACUUUGAUUGACGUAUCCAUUGCUAUGAACGCGCCUUUAAAAUUCUUUCGCUAUUUUGAAAAUAUUAACGAAUUUUGUCCAUAUAAUAUUUUAAGUGUAUUAAUAAAUACGAAAGUAAAAAAAUGAGUCAAACUAAAAAUCGUGUUAACUUGAGCGACGUGAGUGACAAGUUUACGGAAGAAGUGCUGGCAGACGUGCUCUGUAAGGCAUAUAAAGGAAAGAAAGUUCAAUUGACAGAUUGGAAUUUUGGCGAGGGAUUUGCCAAGGGUGACAACUACAUGUCACAUAUUAACAAAGGUACGCUGUACGGUAUUACGGAUGACAGUCCGAGGCAGCAGGUGCAAGUUAAUUUCUUUGUAAAGUCAAUUUCCAAAAAUAUUGGCAGGAGAAAGACUUUCAGAUGUGGAGAUUUUUUCGGUAACGAAAUCAUAUUCUAUACAAAGAUUGUUCCCAAGAUUGAAAAAUUCUUAGCGGAGAGAGGACAAGGCAGUCUACUGCGAAUACCACGUUACUUGGCUUCUUACAUGGACGGUGAGAAUGAUUUCAUAGUCUUGGAAGAUGUCUCUCCCCUAGGAUUUGAACCGGCGUCCAGGCAGAACUGCCUGGAUUGGACGGAAUGUACCGUGAUUUUAGAAACCCUGGCGAAAUUUCACGCGAUUUCACUUGCGUACAGGGACCAAAAGAAAGAAGAAUUCGCGGAAUUUGCAAGCUAUUUAAAAGAAAACUACUUCGGUAGUCAUAACUGGAAUUGGUUCCAAAGAUUUCAUAAAACGCUAAUAGGUAUAGCUAAACACGCGUUAAUGAUGGAAUAUCCCAAUAGUAAAGCUGAAAAGCAAUUCAAUUCCUAUGAAUUUGGUGAACUCUACGACAGGUGCACGAAAUUAUGUGAAAAAAGGGAUGCUUCGACGUCUGUUAUAUCUGCGGGUGACUGUUGGGCCCCGAACUUUCUAGUUCGGGACAUCGGGGAAAAUAAAAAAGAAGCGCUAAUGCUGGACUUUCAACAUGCACGUUGCGCUAGUCCUAUCACGGAUCUGUCGUUUUUAGUUUACUCCUGCACUCAGAAGUCAUUCCGUGAUGAGCAUUAUGAUGACAUAUUAAAAAUUUAUCACUCCGAGUUGAGCAGCGCCAUUAAAUCUCUUGGAUCUGACCCGGAAAAGAUUUAUCCGUGGGACUUUUUUAUGAGAGAGGUGAAGGAGACUUUUAUAGUUGGAUUAAUGUUUUCUCUGGAAGCUAUUCCGUUUUGUCUAUUGGAUUCAUCACAAUCGUUCGACUUAGAUGUCAUUAUCAAGAGCAAUGAGGCAGUAAAUAUUGAUGAUGUAUGGACAUUAUCUAAUAUCGAAACAUCAAGUGGAAGGCGAAGAUUGGCAGACGUGAUUGUUCACGCAGUUGAAAAUGGAUAUCUAUGAAAAUGGAAAUUUAUAUGAUUAUAAACUUUUUGCAUCGUUAUAGAGUUAUAAAGCAUGACUAGGUCAUUUUAACAAGAUGAUGCACAUUAUUAGAAUAGGAUUAGUAUGUAUGUACUGCUGAAGCUAAUAUUAUAUUGGAAUAGUAUUAUUGAUGUGUAUAUAAUCAGCAAUAUAUCUGAUAAACUCUGAUAUAAUUUCACUUUUACAUAUUUAUAUUUUUUCAAUAGAUAUAUAUCUCAAAAUGAUAUGCAUACAUAUUUGGAAUAAAAUUU